AUGCUUCAGAUAUCAGAGGAAGUGCUGGAUGAGUUUGAUCUGAAGAAAUACAACACAUCAGAUGAGGGUAGAAGGAGACUGAUACCAGCUGUGCUGCACUGCAGAAAAGCUCUACUUGCUGACUGUAAUCUCACUGGUCAGUUUUGUGAAAGUUUGUCUUCAUCUCUACAAUCAUCAAACUCCUUACUGAGAGAGCUGGACCUGAGUAAUAAUGACCUGUGGGAUUCAGGGGUGAAGCCUCUGUCUGAUGGACUGAAGAGUUCUCAUUGUCAACUCAAUAUACUCAGAAAGAAUGGGGCUGGCCUCUGGCAGGGGGGUUCGUUGGCGGCACCCCGGCUGCAGGAACCAUUCAUCGAGUUGGCUGGGGGCGGGCUUCAGAAAGAAUGGGAGCUCACUGUGUCCCGUUUGCUCAGCCUCGCGAAUCUGCUUCUUCCUCCUAAGCUCGUUGAGAGACCGUUAUCGAAAGGUAACAAUAUUUUAAUCCACCAUCUCCUCUUUGAUACAUAUCUCAUCCUCUAUUAUAGACUUGCUAACUGUAAUCUCACUGGUCAGUUUUGUGAAAGUUUGUCUUCAUCUCUACAAUCACCAAACUCCUUACUGAAAGAGCUGGACCUGAGUAAUAAUGACCUGUGUGAUUCAGGGGUGAAGCUUCUGUCUGAUGGACUGAAGAGUUCUCAUUGUCAACUCAAUAUACUCAGAUUAUCUGGCUGUAUGGUGACAGAGAAAGGCUGUUGUUAUCUGGCUUCAGCUCUGAGUUCAAACCCCUCACACCUGAGAGAGCUGGAUCUGAGCUACAAUCACCCAGGAAAAUUAUUAUUCAAGCUGGUCUCUGAUCCAAACUACAGACUGGACAAACUCAAUGUGGAUCAUGGAGGAAUAAUCAGAAUUACAGCAGGACUGCAUAAAUAUGCAUGUGAUCUCACACUGGAUUUAAACACAGCAAACACUCAUCUCGCUCUGUCUGAGAGGAACAGAAAGGUGACACAUGUGGAAGAGGAGCAGUCAUAUCCUGAUCAUCCAGAGAGAUUUGAUGAGUUGCCUCAGGUUCUGUGUAGAGAGAGUCUGUCUGGACGCUGUUACUGGGAGGCUGAAUGGAGCGGGUGGGCUGAUAUAUCAAUGAUGUAUAAAGGAAUCAGCAGGAGAGGAAAGAGUGAUGACUGUUGGUUUGGAUACAAUGAAAAGUCCUGGAGUCUGAACUGUAUAAAAAACAGUUUUACUGUCAGACACAAUAAUAAGAGCACAGAUAUAUCUGUCCCUUCACAUCUCUCUAACAGAGUAGGAGUGUAUCUGGACUGGCUGGCCGGCACUCUGUCCUUCUACAGCAUCUCUGAAACGCACACACUCACACACUUACACACACUCAACAGCAAAUUCACUGAACCCCUCUAUGCUGGAUUUGGGGUUUAUUUUAGUGGUUCAGUGUCUCUGUGUGAGAAACAACAGAGACGCACAGUGAAGUAAAAGAAACACACUCAUAUUAUGUCUCUCUUUAACACACACAGCUGUAAACUCAUUCUCUCUCAUUCUUAUCUUAAUUGUAAUGUGUAUAUAGAAACACACACAAAUUCACUUUGGUCUUAAUGAGACACUCCACAGACUUCUAUGGUGUUUUUUUAAAGGCAUUUGAAUGUGGCUCAACAGGAGUUUUGUCUUUGAGUCUCAGAGUGCCACCUGGAGGAAGAUUUAGAUUCUUGCUCACAGGAAACAGUUUUUAGCAAGCGCUCGCUCUGUUACAACUGAGGGUCAGGUCAGAGCUCAUCUUCUAACACAGUUCUUAACUAGGGGUGUAACGAUAGCCUCAUGUCACAAUUUGAUACAUAUCAUGAUACUGAACUCACGAUACAUUAUUAUUGCGAUACUCGAAGACAUAUGGUAAAUGGUUAACAAAAAAAACUUACUGUUGAUUAAAAUGCUAAAUUUGGUAUUACAUUGGGGGUGGAAAUGAAUAGGCUUGGACUUGGCACUGGUAACCCAAUGCACAGGACAGUGGUGACACCAGAAUAAAAAUAUUCAUGAUUCUAAUGCUGAAACACGAUGAAUAUGUUUGCACUCUGUCACUGACAAGAUAUAUUUAAAAUAAUGUAGGCCACUCUUUACAUUUGGCAUUAUCAGGACCUUCAAAUAUUUCCCCAUUGCAUUAUAAUACACUAUAUUCAACAUUAUAUAUGUUGGUUUAAUGUAGUACUGAAACAAACUCAAAAAAAUUUUCUCACACAGUAAUUUUAAUUUUGGGUAAACUAUACACAAUACAGAUUGUCACUAUCCACAAUACGAUAUUGUUGCAUUUUUGUAUCACGAUAUAUUGUGACACAAUAUAUUGUUACAUCCCUAUUCAUUUCAGUUGUUGAAGACUGUGGAGCUUAUCUUACACUCCGUGUGGAAGGAUGACAUCUCUUCCUGAUCACUCAUUCUCUACUGUGUCUUACAAUCACAGUCAAACUGAUUGUUCAAUUACUGUAGAUACAAUAUUACAGGACAAAGUCAAUGCAACAAAGUAGAGACACAGCUGUGGAGAUUCUUUCUUCUGUCAGGACAUAAUAGUAUUUUGUUACUAGAUACAUGUGUGUAUUUUUUUUUCUUAACCUAAAUAUAUAUUUGAAUCUAUAUGAAGUAUUAAGUUAUGAUCUGAGAGCACAUGGUUUAUAAUAGAGGAGACUGUUUGGGUCUAGUUCUCACACUUAGUCUAGUUCAGGGAUUGGUCUGGGGGGGCCACAAGGGAGUGCUAGGGGGUCAGUGGAAAAAAAAAAAAGUAAAACAGUGCAGUGGAAAAAAAAAAAAAAUUAAUGAUAAAUAAAUAAGAUAACCCUCUUAUUGCAUUUGGUUAGUUUUGACCCGGAAGCAGCUAAAAAUUUCUUAAAUAUACAUAGAUUUUAGUACAGCAAAAACACUUUGCUGCAAUUGUUAUGUAAUGAAAUGGAUUAUGUUACAUCCAGAAAUGUAUUCUUUAUUGUAUCGGGCCAUCAGAAGAGCUGUGUUUUCUUGCAUUUGUGUUUUUGUGUGCUUUUUCUGUGUUUGGCUCCUCCAACUCAAUCCAUCUGGCAGGCAGCUGAUUGCCCCCAGUUGUACCUGCUCAGCAGUCAAGAGUGAAGGAGCAUAAGAGCAGACAAGAAACUGCCAGAGAUUGAGAAACUUUCUCUUAAGAGCUUUUUCCUAACAUUCUUGUUGUUGAAUGUGAUAGCUGCUUAAUUUUGUACUUUUUGGUAUUGUAUUGUUUUUAUUGAUUGUUGUGUGUGUACAACAUUUACACUUGUUGUAGUUUACAUGUGGAGGUUAAUGUUACCAUUCUAUUCUAUUCUUCUUUUAUUCUUGCUGCUGUUAAUAUCAAGCUUAUUAGCUACAUUAACGGUUGUUUAUUUGGUUGUUUAUAUGGAAGCUGUAGGGAUGUAGGCACCAUUUUUGUUCUCUGUUCUCCAGGAAGGGGGGUACAAUUCUGUUAUUGAUUUUUCUAUUCUUUGGUAGUAUAGUUAGAGGUUUUACUCCCACAGACAGAACGCUUUUUGUUUGUUAUUUUGGGCUUGCCCCCUCCUGAAGCCGUUGUUUCACUUUUAAGUUGUUCUUUUUAAAUACCUUGUUUUUGUUCCAUGAGUUGUAAAUAAAAAAAAAUCUUGCAUGUAA